AUGGACCAGGAGCGGGAAGAAGAGGGCCGCAACGAUAAUCCAGCCCCCAACCCCACUGGCAGCAGACCGGCACACCAGGUCCGACGCGCCCUGGGCCUGGACUACGGCCGCCGCGUGGUCGGCCUGGCGGUGAGCACCCUGGGCCUCGCGCCACGGCCGCUCGAGGGCCUGCCAGGCCCACUGGCGCACGAGCAGCUGCAGCUGGCUGCCGCGGUGCUGGCAGUGGCUCAGCGCGAGGCCUGCGAUGCGAUCGUCCUGGGUCUGCCCGUCACGCUGGCGGGUUCCCUGCGCCGCCGAUCGACCGACUCGCAGCAGGGUAGGCGCUGCCGCAACUUCGCCGACAACAUGGCUGCGGUAGCAGCGCCACACGCCAUCCCCGUGUUCCUGGCUGACGAGCGGGGCAGCACGCUGGCGGCGCGCAGGUUGCUGGCAUCCAGCGGCAGCAGGCGGUCCACGUUGAGCAAGCGCAUGGACAGCGUGGCGGCGGCAGUCAUCCUGGAGUCGUUCUUCAGCGACCCUGGCGCGGCAGUCCUCGCACCGCCAAGGUCCAUGGACCCCAGCAUGUGGAGCAGCCCGAGCAGCAGCGAGAGCGGCGGCAACAGGGGCAGCGGCAAGCAGCAGCAGCAACACAACAUCGGCAACGCCAGCGUCCAGAAUCGCAGCAGCAGCCCUGGUCGGGCUUAA